GAAUCUGAACACCACUUCAGUUAACUAUGGCGAGUGAUGACAAAGUUGCUAUCCUUUCUGAUGAUGAAGAGGACCAGAAAAGAAAAUAUAUUCUUUCUGAACCUUUCAACACUGUGUCAACAGAAGCAAGGAAUGAACCACCAUCUAGUCCUAUCCAUUCAGAAACAGAAGCAACAGAAACAGAGAAACAGGAUUGGCUAGAGAGACGCUGUAUAAAAAUAAGUAAUGACCUUCUUAUUUCCAAAGUGUUUUACUUCUUCUUUUACUCUGGGUAUGGAUCAUUGUACCCAUUGCUACCUGUAUAUUAUAAACAGCUUGGUAUGUUGGCCAGCCAAGGUGGACUUCUGGUGGGAAUAAGGUAUUUUAUUGAAUUCUGCAGUGCACCGUUCUGGGGAGUCAUAGCAGAUCGAUUUAGAAAAGGCAAAAUUGUCCUUCUCUUUUCGGUUAUGUGUUGGAUUGUCUUCAACCUGGGAAUUGGUUUUGUGAAACCUGCCUCCAUGAGGUGUGAGUCAAAGAAUCCAGUGCCUACCACAUCAGCUUCAAAUUUCUCUACUCUUUCAGCGUUACCCACGACUGCAUCUACAAACCACUUUGUCUCAACCGAGUCGAAUAAAAGUCGGGUACAGAGGGAGACUUUCACAAGCCAACCUUUUGGAUACAUGGGUAAUCUUAGCCUUUCAUUUCCCUCGGUCAGUUCAGAAGAAAGUCAUGUUUUACAGAAAAGAGCUGUUCCAAGUGCUGAGAAUUCAACAGCAACCAUAAAUCCCAGCAGGACAUUAUAUUUCACCACGGCCAGCAGUACAUCCGCCACGACUCUCCAGCCCACCAAAUUGAUCACUUAUGACUUGGCAGAAGUUGAAAAUAUUUUCUUACUAAUAUUGUUGGUGGUUAUCGUCGGAGAAUUUUUCAGUGCACCAGCGGUCACUAUCGUAGACACUGUUACCCUGCAGUACCUCGGCAAACACAGAGAUCGCUAUGGAUUGCAGCGAAUGUGGGGUUCCUUAGGAUGGGGCAUUACCAUGCUGGCAGUUGGCAUCUCAAUUGACCACACGCACAUUGAGGUUUCUGUUCAGGGCCAGGGCUGUCAGAUACCUGAUUACAAGAAUUACAGGAUAACCUUUAUUGUUUUCGGAGUUUUAAUGUCCAUAGCACUAAUUGUAUCAACCCAAUUCAGAUUUGACUACAGUCAUUUAAAACCUGAGGAAAAUAAAAGUAAAGAAUUUAUUGAAAUUCAACGAGUGGCUCGGAAUCCUUCAGUGGAAGAUUCUGGAGUCACAAAUAAUGCUGAAGAGUCCAAGAGUACAGGAACGAAAACAUUUGAAUUUAGACAGCUCCUGAGAAUAAUUUGCAGUGUGCAAUAUGGUUCUGUGCUAUUUGUGGCCUGGUUCAUGGGCUUUGGUUAUGGCUUUGUGUUUACAUUCCUCUACUGGCAUCUGGAAGACUUGAAUGGGACAACUACACUUUUUGGAAUCUGCUCAGUCCUAAGUCAUGUAUCAGAACUGACUGCUUACUUCUUCAGUCACAAGUUCAUUGAACUGGUCGGUCACAUUAGGGUAUUGUACAUUGGCCUGGCCUGUAACACAGCUCGUUUCUUGUAUAUAUCUUAUUUGGAAAAUGCAUGGUAUGUCCUCCCCAUGGAGGUGUUACAAGGCGUUACCCAUGCAUCUGUAUGGGCUGCAUGCAUCUCCUAUCUCAGUGCAGCUGUACCUCCGGCAUUAAGGACUUCUACCCAGGGAAUUUUACAAGGACUGCAUCUAGGUUUGGGCCGAGGCUGUGGUGCCAUGGUAGGGGGAGUAAUGGUAAAUGCCUUUGGUGCUCCACAAACAUUCCGUGGAAUUGGUAUGGCCUCUCUCGUGAUUCUCCUACUUUUUGCCUUGAUCCAAUGGCUAGCAGUGCCUGAUGAAGAUGAAGAGAAGAAGAUGCUUGCAGAACGGAUUCCAGUUCCAUCAAGUCCUGUUCCCAUAGCAACCAUCGAUCUCGUACAACACCACUCGGAUAGUACGAUGCCCCACCUUGAAACCAAACGUCCUCUAAAAAAGACAAAAUACCAAGAGGAGCAGGAAGAUGUUACAAAACCUGCCUGGGCCAUCAGCUCAUCGCCAUGGGUCACAAUCGCGUUUGCCUUUUAUCAGGUUAUGGAGAUGGUAAAGUUAGCGAAGACAAAUGCAACUAUUGAGCAUCAAGUGCUACAGGAGGAAAAUGAUUGUCCACUAGCUGCAGACACCUGGCCGGUUGGGGGCCCUGCAAAUCUUAAACCAUCACCCACUUCCAAGAAGCAAGAAAAGGUAGAAGUCCCAGUAACUACCUCUGAACCUGAUGAGAUCAGCAUCAGCUCCACACAAGGCACUGAGAAUGGAUUGAACCAGUCAGAUUUGCCUAGGAAUUUAAUGCCACUGCCAGGAAAUGGGAAGCAGAACCUUGAACCAGAAUUGCUUCAGCAAACAAGCACUGUUCAAAAAAGUCAAAAAGAUGCCUCAUGAUGGUCAAAUUUAAAGAUUGCAAAGCACUUGAAAGCAUUGAAAAAAAUGGAUUCAUAAUUUUCCGUGAUGAAUGUUUUAAAAAAGAAAGCACAGGAAAGUUUCUGAAGAAUAGAUCUGCAAUAUUUCCAGAUCAUCAAUAAGACACUGAUGGCUAAUAGUGUAAAUUUCAGAAAUUAUAAGGUUCUACAGUACAUUUCAGUGUAUUUAGAGCUUCAAUAGCAGAAUUUAAGUGCCUGUUCGUACAUGAAGGACAUAACACUGUCCGCUCAAAACAUUCACAUGAAUUCUUAAAACCAUGCAUUGAAACGGUUUAAAAAGUAGCUGAAUUGCUGAACUAUCGGGAUUAUACUAUCAAACGGAGGUGCAAUUGCAGUACACUAAACGGCAAUUAAGAAAAAGUCAAAUGUCUGAGUGCAAAUGGUUUUAUCGCAGUGUAGUCAGUUCAGAAUCUGAAUUUCUAGAAUCUGUAUUAAUUGGUAUGUUGAGUUGGGAUUAUCAAGCAGAAUAGCCACUGACGUCUGUCAGUUAGUCUGUGUUAAAAUUAGCUUGAGGCAUCUUUUGAGUAAGAGAUCACCAGAGAUUUCAUUGUAAGAAGCCAUCUUCUUUCAACAAGAUGUUGUUUUAGUAGGAUACAUGGUCUGAGGGAGGAAAGAACUGAAUAGUAAAGCUCACCUGUAUGUUAAUAGUUUUCUUAAGUUCAACAUGUAGCCACUAUUUAUACCAGGAUUCAAGAACCAGCCCAACUUUCAUUUAAAAUUUGUAAUUUAAUACAUUUAAAUUUCAUCUCCAAGUUCCUCUGUAAAUGUUGUGCAGGCAAUUAAAGCUUGCAGUGUAUUUUAAUGGAGAUAUUUCUACUUUUAAAGAUUGCCAAUAGGGUACAUGAAAGGUAGAAUAUUUUUAAUUUAAUUUAAAUUAUUUAAGCAAACUGGCUGAAACUAAACUAUUAACCCAAAACUCAAAAUAGAGUAAUUAACAAGUUAUUUAGCACUUCUCAUUCACUUAUGUUUGGACAAGGGAAAAAGGAAAAAGUUAUCCAGUUGUAAAAUGUCUACAGGUUAUCUAUUCUCACACAAACUCAUAGAUACCAUGCUUCCAAAUCUUCACAUCAUCUUUGCUUAAAUGUAAACUUUAAAUCUGUCACGAAAUGUCUUGAUGUACACCUUUACAGUAAAACUCAACUAAAGGUCAGGCUAUUUUGUGUAAAUCUGUAAAAACCCAACUCGGAUGUAUCUAUGCAUACCAAGCUUUUGAAUCAGUUAAACAGUCAGCUAUUUACAGUGUUACAUUGCUGAGUCAGCCUGAGUAAAUGAA